AUGGAGCGGUGUCGGAACAGUGCCGUUGUGGCGGUACAGGGAGGGAGUCGAGGGGAGACCUCUUCACCUUCCCCCUUUGUUUCAGAAAAAGAGGCACUGGACAGGUGCUGCCGCUCAGCUGGAGACGCAACGCGGUGGCAAGCAGAUGAACUGACGGUUGGAAACAUCCAGGAACUUCGCGGGAAAUCUAGAGGAGUCCAGAAACGAGAUGACGAAGCUCCUUGCCAGCAGCCAGCCGCAGCGAUGGAGUUGCGCCACGCCUGCUCGCGGGGGGAAGCACAGCGUCAAGCGGGAGACGCUGGGGAAGGACGUCAGCCAGGUCGGACAGCGGGGCAAGAAACGGUUACAGCGGGACUGCCACCAACUCGUCGGGAGGACAUAAACAGCCAAAGAGGGAAGGAAGGAGGUGCUCCGGGGGAGCCUGAGGAUCGAAAUGCCUCGCGACUGUCUCUGACGGUCGCGAGCGACGCUCCAGGCUUGGCUUCGAGUUCUUCUAUCCACUGGGAGAAAGAAACGAACGGCGAAGACCACCAAGAAAGGUGGGGCGAAGCGGCGUUAGCGAGUCUCUCAGAAGCGUCCCUAAACACUGCCGUCGAGGUGUAUGUACACUCCCGCAAGGAUGUGAGGCAGGGAGGAGAAGGGAAACCAGAGAGACGCGGCGGAGACCGAAUCAGCAGGAAAGCAAGGCAUCCCAGUUUCGACUGGCUAGGGGACGUAGCGCAGCGGGUCGAAGGCUCUUUCCACCGCUUGACUUCGAGCUUCGCAGACUUCGCACUGAAAGCGGAAGAAAUUUUCGAGGAGAAUUUCCCUCCGCCAAGGCCCUCCAGAGACGCCUCCCUCGAGACUCCAGACGGUGCAUCGCUUUUCCUCGACCAGGGGGACUUCCUGGAAGAGAAAGACAGGACAGGCGCCAUCGACGUGGACAGACGGAAGGCAGACGCAAGUGCCUCAUGUGCACGUACACCAGCCGACGGAACGGAGAACCCGCUCAAGUUUUCUUUGGGUCAGCCGCCUUCAGACAAGCGGAGAGACGAGAGGGAGAAGAGCCGAGGCGACGGGGAGAAGGAGAGCACAGUUCCCAGCUGGUUGCUGGACUUUCACCGCGACUUGGAGGCUCACAGAGAAGCGCGACGUGACGGCGAGCAAGAGACAGCCGCUGAGGAGAUGGCAGAGACGAGAGCCGGCGAGGAAGCCUCCGCGCGGGAUUCUUCCGAGACACAAGAGCGCAGCGGGAGCUCUGCCGUUCUGUCAGCAGCGGAACCUCGGGGCCUGUCUCGAUCGGGGGGAUCUCCUCGUGAGAUCGAACAGCCUGAGGCCACGUGCCUGGUCUUUUUGCCCUCUUGCUCUCGAGUCUCCGACUCCUUGUCUUCGUACCCGCCGCCUGCGCGUUCCCAACCGAAGUACGCCGUGCUGCCGCCGUCUCUGCUUUUUCCAGGGACUGAGGACGACAGUCCAUCCAGCGGGAAAAAAAGUGAUGUCCCUGCCUCCAGAAAAGGCUGUGUCGUUUCGCGCAAAUCCACGAGACAGCCAACUCUGAACGUUUCUGGGCAGUGUGCGUGGCCAGAGGCAGAGUUAACUGAGACGUUCGCCGAGGCGAACAGUCCCAGCUCCAAGGAGGCCGUGGAGCUCGACAGGCCGCAGGCGACUCCGCCCGGCUCGUCUCCCGUUUCAGCCCCGCCGCACUUCACGGAGGAAGAAAUCACCCUCUGGUCGUCGACAAAGUGCAGUCUCUGCGGACGGCAGGUUCUUCAGGACGACUUGGAACGCCACUCUGAAGCGUGCAAUGUAGCUGCCUCUGUCGACGAGUACUCCAUCAUUCACGAGGACAAGUUUCUGGCAUCCGCCUCAGCCAUGCCUAAAGACGAACGCAGCGACUACAUAGCAGAGAGGCGCCUGGAAGAAGCUCUGGAAGGCCUCUGUCUCGUGCGGCGCUGGGGCUGCGACGGGAACGGCGCGGACUGUCUGAGGAGCCUUCAGGCGACUCUGGAGCAGAAACUCCAGGAGGUGCGGAGCCUGCAGGAAGCUCGGCGGCAGCGGCGGGUGUCUCGGGCGACCAGCGGGGCCCUGCGGGUCCUGGCGCCCCCGAGCGCGCGGGUGUGCUGCGAAAGAGGGGAUCCUCCUCGCUGUUCCGGUGACCUGUUGCCCCUCGCUCCAGCGUCUCCGAGGUCGCUUUCUUCCUCGAUCCUUGACUCGUCUCCCUCUUCCGACGCAGCCCCCACCAGCCCGGAUGAGUCGCUGAUGCAGCGUUCUCCCGACGCGGCAGACCCGCGCAGGCCAGAGGCGCCGGUCGCCUGUCUUCCCGCUGACUCCUUUUCGGACUUGCUGAUCGCGAGCGACGCGACUUCACCCUCGGGUGUUUCAGCUGCAUCUGCACUUUACCACGAGGCCUUUGCUGGCGCUCUGGCGUCCCUGUCUCUGCCUGGCCUUUCCUCGCCGUAUUCUUCACGUGCAGCCAAGCCGUGUCGCCUGUCUCACGCCUCGCCCUCUUCUCCCUCUUCCUCUGCGUCUUGCCAACCGGCGUGCGAAGAAAAGUUCUGGUGGAUGCCCGGGACCUUUGGCUUCGUUGUCGACAGCGCCUGGAUGCGCGCGUGGCUCGGGUUCAUUGGGUUGGCGACUCCCUCCGUAGCAGACGGACUCCUGGAGCUGCGCCUACACACCGCAUGGGACGACCCCAGCUUCUACCGACGAGGGCUCCACGGCGGCAGGCCUCCAGGGCCCAUCACCAACAAGACUCUCCUGGAUGUGGACGGGAAGAUCUUGGCAGGCCGCCAGCACGGUUUGAACGCGCACUAUUUGAUUCUGGAUGCUUCCGCGUGGACGUUUCUGUUCCGCCGCUACGGGGGCGGUCCCCCCAUUAUCCUGUACAAUCCUCAUCCGUGCGAGUUCGGAGAUCUCUACGAGGCGUGUUUGGUGACCUUCGAGGGAGAGUGGCAAAAUGGUCAUCCGUACACUGGUGCAGGCAGAGCCUUCGAUCCUCUCUGCAACCGCGGGUUUGACGGCGAGCUGCGCGAAGGACGACUCUGGACAGUGAAGCCAGGGAGUAAGGGCGUUCUUCCGGACGGAGGAAUUUUGUUGGGCGGGGGUUGCGUUCGCGGGAAGAUCCACGGCCCGAAUGGGAAGUUGCUCCGGCGACGGAAACUUUACGUCGGCGAAUUCCGGAAAGGCAAACUUCACGGUCGAGGCCUCGUCGCCCGAGCCGAGGACGGCGUCGUCCUCGCGGAGGGCUUGUGGGAAAACGGGCAACUUUGUGGCAUCUAA